GCCGUGUGAAUUAUAAAAGAGAGACGCACAGAGAGAGAGAGAGAGAGAGAGAGAGAGAGAGAGACCAGGAAAGGAUUUUAUAAUUUUUAUUUUAUAUUUCUCCAUGAGAAAAUUUCGCAUCCCAGAAAAGAAAUACCAUCUCUGACGCAUCGUCUUCGCUUUGCUGAAGAAAACCAAAGAAACCAAAAAAAAAAAAAAAAAAAAAUCCAAUCAAAUUCCGUAACUUCCCAAUUCCCGGACGUGACGACGUCGUUUCACCAUCCGCAUCUUCAUUCCUUGUCGCCGGACAACUUUUUUUCUUUGUGAGAUUUCAGACUUCGUAACGUCGCUGGGACGGUGACUAGGGUUUGCUGACUCUGAAACUGGUAUGGGAUUGGGGAACGAUGACGAUGUGGUGAUCGAAUCCGCCGAUGGCGGUUGUGGCGGAAAGUCCUGCCUUGGCGGCGGCGGCGGCUCCGUCUCCUGCUCGAUUUGCCUCGAGGCCGUCUCCGAUAAUGGGGAUAGAUCCUGGGCCAAGCUUCAAUGCGGCCAUGAAUUCCAUCUCGAUUGCAUUGGUUCGGCAUUCAAUGUAAAGGGUGCCAUGCAAUGCCCUAAUUGCCGGAAGAUUGAGAAAGGCCAAUGGCUUUAUGCUAACGGUUCUCGCUCAUUUCCAGAAAUUAGCAUGGAUGAUUGGGUUCAUGAUGAGGAUCUAUAUGAUUUAAGCUACUCUGAAAUGUCCUUUGGUGUUCAUUGGUGUCCGUUUGGCAGCUUAACGCGACUCCCUUCAUCAUUUGAGGACGGGGAGUUUUCACCUUCUGCAUAUCAUGAUCUACUUGGACAGCAUGCAAUUUUUGCUGAGCAUACAGCAGUAUCCUCAGCCACACACCCUUGCCCAUAUAUUGCCUACAUCGGGCCCGUUCAUCCCUCAUCCUCAAAUUCCAGCGGAAGUGUUUCAGAUGCUUCUAACUUUAACAAUCACUGGAAUGGCGCAUCCGUAACUAGUGAUUUGCCAACUUCUUAUGCUUUUCCCGGUAUGGAUCUUCAUUAUCAUGGUUGGGAGCACCAUUCACCUCCAUUUUCAACUAGCAGUCGUAUGGGUGGUGCAGAUCAGCCUUCUAUUCCGCCUGUUAGUCAGCGACCAUCUAGGGCCAGCUCUGAUAUGCCAAGAUUAGGGUCUCUUAUGCAUCCAUUCCUUGUUGGUCACAGUUCUAGUGCUAGAGCUGGGAGCUCAGUUACUUCUUCAAUGAUUCCUCCUUAUCCAGGGAGCAAUGCUCGGACCCGUGAUAGAGUUCAAGCUCUACAGGCGUAUUAUCAACAACAAACACAACCUAGUAAUUCACCAACCAUGAGGACGCCCGUCAUUCCCAGCAACCGAAGAUCAAGCAAUCAUAGAGGGUCAGCCCAAGUAGGACCUGUGGCCUCAUCAUCAGAUCAACCUAGCAGUUUCUACUUUUUCCCAUCAGGGUCAUCAGGUCGUAACUUCCAAGAAGCUGAAAAUCCUUUAUCGAGUCGACUUGCGUGGGAAAGAGAGCACUACUUGUCUGUAUUUUCAUCAAACCAGGUCGACAGAGAGCCAGGGUGGGGUGCUUUUCACCAGGCAGCCGGUGGGUCAGAUUCUGCUCUAAGAUCCAGCGGCUUCCGACAAUGGCAUGGGUCCGAUAGAACAUCUUCACAGCAUCGGUCAUAGGCUCUCAUCGUUAUCCUUGCUGGGUGAAGCAAAAACUUGCAGUACUAUGAAUGAAACCAAAACAUUAUGUAAUGCUUUUGAAAAUGAUAUGCAUGCCUGUGUGUGUCAUAUACAUGACAGGCUCCAAAUACUUUUGGAGUUGCCCGGAAAACGAUCUUUCCGGUAAUCACCAGGUGGUGUGACGGACUCUUGGCUUCCUCUUAGUUUCUUUGCCUUAGAGGACAUAAAAUAAGAUUACAUGUUGGAUGGCAAGGAAUGGGCCAUUUUAUCCAUCAAGUGACCCUCGCUGCUAGGUUAACAGUAAACCUAGUGCUUUUCAGGACAAGUAUAACUGGUGGGUCAUUUAUUUAUGUUUGAAAAGCAUUUUCAUCAAUGCUUUUGUUUCCCUGGUGAACCAUUUGUUUUGAGUAUAUAAGAAAUGACUUUUUGCAAUGAA